AUGUGGCGGGGCGCGGCCGCGGCGCUGCUGGGCCUGGCCGCCGCCUGCCUCCUGCGGCGCGGGUUCGAGCCCCGCGCCCGCCUGCUCAGCGCCGCCGAGCUGCGCCGAUACCGGGGGGCGCCGGGCGAGCCCGGACUCUACCUCGCCCUGCUGGGACGGGUCUUCAAUGUGGAGCGGGGCCGCAAGCAUUACGGGCCCGGCGGCGCGUACAGCGGGUUCGCAGGCAGAGAUGCCACCCGAGCGUUUGCCAGCGGCGAUUUCAGCCCGGCGGGGCUGGUGGACUCCGUGUCGGGGCUGUCACCCGCGGAGCUGCUCUCCAUCCACAGCUGGCUGAGCUUCUACAGCGACAACUACGAGCCCGUGGGGAAGCUGGUGGGCAGAUUCUACGAUGAAAAUGGGGCACCGACAGCAGCCCUGAGGGAGGUGGAGGCUGCCAUUGAGGAAGCUCUCAAGCUGCAGGCAGAAAGUGAUCAGCAGCAGCAGUUCCCACCCUGCAACUCUGAGUGGAGCUCUGCUAAAGGCACCCGCUUCUGGUGCUCCAGAGAGAGCGGGGGCGUGCCCAGAGGCUGGGCCGGGGUCCCGCGGAGGCUGCACCGCCCCGGCUCGCGGGGCGCCCCCUGCGUGUGCGUCCGGAGCUCGGGGCCGCCCUGGGGCCAGCCUGGCUCCUCCCAGCACCGCGACAGAGGCGACCUGGAUGACCCUCGGCUGCAGCAGUACGAGGGCUGCCAUCCCCUGGCCGAGCAGUGCGUGCUGCCCACGGGCUGAGCCGGGCAGGGAGAGCCCUGCCCUGAAACCUUGCACUGAACCCCUGCCCUGAAACCUUGCCCCGGGGUGGGCAGCUCCAGCUCCAUGCCUGCAAAGAGAGCAGGAACAAUCUCAUGGGAUUUGUGAUGCUUUUCAACAUGUGGAGAUGGAGGAAACACUUCA